AACGCGUCUAUUCUUGUAUUCGGCAUUUUUUUUAAGAGGGUAGCUUGUGGGUGUGUCGAAUCCGUAUUUGUGAAUGAAGCGACUUAAAACCGGACGAUUAAUGGGAGUAAAGCCAACGGCUCCGUUGUUUUCCGGAAGGCGAAAAAGGGCGUUCACUGUGAACUGAAAAGCCAUGGCAGACAAGGGAGAGCAGGUACAGAAGGCCAAGCUGGCCGAGCAGGCCGAGCGCUACGACGACAUGGCCGCAGCCAUGAAGGCCGUCACUGAGGAGGGCUCGGAGCUCAACAACGAGGAGCGCAACCUGCUGUCUGUGGCCUACAAGAACGUGGUGGGAGCCAGGAGGUCCUCAUGGAGGGUGGUCUCCAGCAUGGAGCAGAAGUCAGACAGCACCAAGACUGCACUGGCAAAGGAGUACAGGGAGAAAAUCGAGAAGGAACUGAACGACAUCUGCAAGGAAGUUUUGGAUUUACUCGACAAACAUCUCAUCCCCAAAGCUACGCCCGCUGACAGCAAAGUCUUCUACCUAAAGAUGAAGGGAGAUUACUACCGAUACCUGGCUGAGGUGGCAACUGGAGAAGACAAGGAAACCAUCAUCAACAACUCACAAGAGGCCUACCAGAAGGCAUUGGAUAUCAGCAUCAAAGAAAUGCCUCCCACACAUCCUAUCCGUCUGGGCCUCGCGCUCAACUUUUCUGUUUUCUACUACGAGAUCGUCAACUCACCUGAUAAGGCCUGCCAACUGGCCAAGUCGGCGUUUGACGAAGCCAUAGCCAUGCUGGACACUCUCAACAGCGACUCCUACAAAGACAGCACCUUGAUCAUGCAGCUGCUCCGUGACAAUCUGACACUGUGGAUGUCGGACGCGCAGGGAGAGGGCGAGGAGGAAGGAAAGGAGACUGAGCAGGAGCCGGCAGCCGAGAACUGAACUACAGAGAGACAACGGGAGAAAAAUAAAACACAUUUUUUUACCUCUCACCAGCCUAAGUUGUGUGCUUGGUUGUGUGUGUGCGUGUGUGCACAUACAUGCACAGAGAUGUAUGUUUACACUCCACUGACGGUGUGUAAAAGUACAGGAUGUGUGUGCAGAUGCAUUGAAGUGAAUGUGUGGGCGUGUGUGUGUGUGUGCGAUUGGAUGUGUGCGCGCGCGUGAGUGAAUGUGUGGUUAUUUUAUGAGCACCUCCACAGAGAAAAGAAUGGAAUAGACUUGAUUUCCUUUUGAACAUUAUUAUUAUUCCAUCAACCUGUGUAUUUUUGUUUUGUCGACUUUAGGUCCCUCCUCUAGGACUGCCCCAGUGAUCUGUAACAUUUAUCAGUGUAGCAAGCUGCUGCUGUUGCAGGAAAACAA